CAUUUCCGUAAUGUGGUGUGUGGUCCAGUGCGGUGGCUAAAGAUGUUGUCCUCAGAGCUUCACUGGAGCUUUGUGUUUGGUGUGGUCUCACUUUACGGAGUAAACCAAGGUCUUGGUGGCUCAUUGGGUCGUGUUGCUACAGAGUAUUACAUGAAAGAUGUUCAAAAGGUUCAGCCUUCUGAAUCUCAAGCUCUCACUGCAAUCACUAAGAUUCCAUGGAUCAUUAAGCCUCUUUGGGGCAUUCUCACUGAUGUUCUUCCCAUCUUUGGUUUCCACAGACGCCCUUACUUCAUCUUAGCUGGGGUGCUUGGAGUGGUGUCUUUGUUGUUCAUAUCACUUCAUAGUAAUCUACACCUUUACUUGGCACUGUUGUGGAUGACAAUAUCAAGUGCUGCAAUGGCGAUAGCGGAUGUGACUAUUGAUGCUUGCACUGCUUACAACAGUAUCAAACACCCUUCUCUUGCAUCGGAUAUGCAGAGCUUAUGUAGUUUAAGCUCCUCUAUUGGAGCACUUCUUGGUUUUUUCAUGAGUGGCAUCUUAGUUCAUUUUGUUGGCUCCAAGGGUGUGUUUGGCUUGCUGACAUUCCCAUACGCGUUGGUUUCGGUAGUUGGGAUUGUGUUUAAUGAGCCCCAUGUUCCUGGUUUCUCUUACAAACAGGUACACCAGAAAUUCACUGAUGCAGGGAAAGCGAUGUGGAGGACAAUGAAGUGCUCAGAUGUGUGGCGUCCGAGUCUGUAUAUGUACAUUUCCCUUACUUUUGGUUUGAACAUUCAUGAAGGUCUUUUUUAUUGGUUCACUGAUUCAAAGGAUGGUCCUUUGUUUGCUCAGGAAACAGUUGGUUUCAUUCUCUCAAUUGGUUCAAUCGGGUCGAUUCUAGCAGCAAUGUUGUAUCAGCUAGUCUUAAAGGACCAUCCGUUCCGUAGCUUAUGUUUGUGGACUCAACUUCUCUUUGCUUUGUCUGGAAUGCUUGACCUCAUCCUUGUGCUACGUCUCAACUUGAAAUUUGGUUUACCGGAUUAUCUCUUCAUAGUAGUGGACGAGAUAGUUUCUCAGAUGAUCGGUCGCUUGAAAUGGAUGCCGCUACUCGUACUCACUUCAAAGCUUUGUCCUCACGGUAUUGAAGGGACAUUCUUUGCAUUGCUAAUGUCGAUCGACAAUGCAGGCCUCAUGACCUCAUCUUGGCUCGGUGGAAUUCUGUUGCAUGUCCUUAAGGUGACUCGGAAUGAGUUUGGUAACCUCUGGCUUGCGGUUUUGGUUAGGAACGUGAUGAGACUUUCGCCGCUUUGUUUUCUGUUUCUUGUGCCUAAGGGAGAUCAGAACACGUUCAAGCUACCGGAUGAGAUAAUGGGUGAGGAUUCUUCGGAAGAAGAGGAAGACGAGAAAGAUGGAACUCGGAAUUUGGAGUUGGCAUCUCUUGUUCAUUCUGUUGAUAGAAGAUAGCUUUACAGUUAUAGCGUUUGAAGCAAAUGCUUCAGUUUUUUCAGCAGCUUCUACGAACUUUACUUCUAGUACUGGUGGAAAGUGCAAAUGGCACUACAUUUUUCUGACUACAUAACAAGUUUGUGUUCUUUUUU